GAUCUUUUGACACAUUUAAUAUUUACUGAACGUGUUUUCCCCGGUAGUUAUUUGCAACCAUAAACAGAUGUUUUAUGAAAACCUAGUGGUUUUCAUCUAUGCAACGAAACAAAUUUUUAUUGGCAAAGUAAGCGAACAUACCCCUUAUAAGACCCAGCUGGCUUUGUUCCGCAAAAUAAAAAAAUCAUUGUGGAUUCAGAAAAUUGGGAUAUAAUGGAGGAUGUGGAGACAGUGAUUCUAAAUGACAGUGGUGGUGUAAUUGAUGACCAACAGAUAAGUUGCAUCACAUUGGACGAUUCCUAUGAACCCGAAGAAGGCGAGCUAGAAGAUGAGGAAGGUGACCAGAACAAUAUAUGCGAAAUUCGUUUCUCUAACAUCUCUGUCUAUCAGCAGUUUGGUGAACUUAUCACAGAAUUGCUGAGAGAAAAACUAAAUGAAAAAGAGCCAGAAAAGAAGGUUAUUAUUAGCUCAGAAACCGGCCUGGUCGUACAAGUACGUUUUGAAGCCGAAAAAGUCAAUGCAAAUGAAAAAAAUACGCUUGAAACUGAGAUCGCUGGAGAGAUAGAGAGGUCUGACAGAGAGGAUUCACCAGAUCUAAGUGGCAUCAGCGAACUUUUUACAAUUGACACAGCUCCAGCUCCGAAAUUGGACACAGUUAAGGUUCCAUCCUAUAAAAGAGCCAUUAAAGAUGCCCUACUUGAUGGGGAAGCUGCCGCCAGCAAAAGACAAAAACAAGAAGAGAAAAAUAUGAAGGUUUCAAAAGCUAGUAAUUGCUUUAAUUGCGGCGAGUCUGAUCACAAUAUCAGGGAAUGUCCUAUGCCACAUAAUCAGAGACGCAUAAAAAUGGCAAAAAAGAACUUUUCCAAAACAGAACGCUACCAUGUGGAUGUGGAACAAAGGUUUUCGCAUUUAAGGCCUGGCAAUAUAAGCGACAAGCUGAGAGAAGCUAUGGGCUUGCGAAAGGGGGAACUACCAUUCUUUUUCUAUAGGAUGAGAGUGCUUGGCUACCCACCCGGUUGGCUGGAGGAUGCCAAAGAUGAACAUUCUGGCAUAACGCUGUUUAAUUCCGAUGGAAGCAAAAUUUUGCAUUCAGAUGAAGAGGACGGUGAAAUGGAUUCAAACAACCAGCGCUACAAUAUAUCGAAAAUUAUAGAGUUUCCUGGCUUCAAUCAAGAUCCCGGAGAAGAUUUCUUUGAUGACCACAAACAUCACAAUGUGCCGCCAUUCAAUAGAAAUCAACUGAAGGAAGAAUUUGUUAAAACCCUAGGCGACAAUGUUAUUAAAGGAUAUAAACGUAAAAAGAUGAAAGAUUUUCCAAAAGCCAAUCCCGAUGAAAGUGCAAAUGAAUCGUUCGACAUACAAGUGUCUGAUAUGGAAAUUGAGGAUGCCGAUACAACAACAACUUCAAAUAUUGAAUUUGUGAGGCCACCACCUCCCAAGGAACCCCCUAAAAAAGACGAUGCAGUACCACCACCGCCACCACCCAUGUCCCCCCCGCCACAGCAAAAGAAUGAUAGUGAUUUACCCGAAUCUCCAACCUUAGCCGAACUUGAGCGAAGAAAAAAUCAACUCUUGCAAGAAUUAAAUACUUCUGUCAUUGAAAUUGACGAUUCUCUAGUCGAUGAGAUUAUAGCUUUGGACAAUGAAGCAGAGUCUAACACGACAGAUCAUGAAACUGCUGCAGAAGAAGAAAGUAUUGAUGAAAAUGCCAUCACAAAAGCUCAAAUGGAAGAGAGCGACAACUCCAAAGAUUCUUGCAACUCAUCUGAAACCAACCCGGAUGUCAUUAAAAAAUCGUUUAUGGGUACACCGGUAUUAAAAUUUUCACCCUAUGACAGUUUGCCAAAUGGCGAUAACUUUAAAGUUGGCGUGAGUGAUGUCAUUAAUUUUGAAAACUUACCCGAUUCCACUGGUAAAUAUGAAAAUAUGAAGGAGUUAAUAAAGAAAGUACGAACGGUUAUACAUAAGAUACAUAACGACGACUGAAUGAUGAUCAUCACCAAAACACAUUCAUCUUUAAUUUUUAUUUUAAAGCAGGAUAUUUCUGUAUGCAAAGAUUAUGGGUCGAGUAUGGAUUGCAGUUCAACUAUAGUUGCGUUGUCACGAGAUAAAACCAUGAAAUAAAAAUUUGUAUAAAAUUGGAAAUUUAAGUCAGUAUCAUGCAAUAUCAGUGUUCUGAACGUUAAACUGCUAAGUAAAUUGUAAAAAUGUAAGCAAUUCAAUAUAGAGUGAAGAUUUCUAUAAUACAUUUGAUCGUUGGCAACGCAACUGAAGUUAGGUUGCAAUCCAUAAUCGAUCCUAUAUUUAUUAUCCCCCAUUUAGUAUGUCAUAAUUGUAUUUAUUUUUAACUUUCAAAUUGACUUUUAUAUAUUAUAAAUAUUUUUAUACAAGUAUACAUAACUUUGAAAAUUCGUAAAUAAAUUGGAAAUUUUAAAGCUA